UUCUUUCUUCUUCCUCAACAAGCUUUGAUUUUUGACUCUUCAAAGCAAUCUCUCUGUCCCCUUCUAACAAUCUCCUCCCCAAUCAGACAAAAAUCCAUCCAGUCUAUCUCUCCUUAAGGUUCUGUUCCAACAAAAGAGAGCUACAUUAAGAUAAAGACAAUCGAUCAGACGGUGAAAUGCAAACGUCUCAGAAACAUCACAGUGCGGCUGGACUGCACAUGCUGUAUCCUCAAGUCCACUGUUCACCUCAGUUCCAAGUCAUAGACAAUAAUAAUAAGAAGAAGAAUAAGAAUAAUGCCUUCUCUGACACCACCCCAUCCAAAGAAAGCUUCUUCACUCUCGAAUCCUCCACUGCUUCUGUUGGUCCUCUUCCUUCUUACGAGUCCCCUUCCGUGAGCAUCACGUCUGGUCCAAGCCAGUUUUCUCCUCAGGCCUCUCACUCUCACUCUCACUCCUGCAUCUCCUCCGACCUCCUCCAUCCUUCCCCUGAAAACAUGUACGGAUCUCCCUUGAGCGGCGCGUCUUCUUCUCACGUCUACGACGAAGCCGGGUUCAAGAGCAAGAUCCGGGAACUCGAGGUCUCGCUGCUGAGCGGUGAUCCCAAAGUCGAAGAGUACUCAGGCUUCAGCCCCGCUGCUGGGAAGUCGUGGAACUGGGAGGAGCUCUUGGCGUUGACUCCGCAGCUGGACUUGAAAGAGGUGCUCGUGGAAGCUGCCAGAGCGGUCGACGAAGGUGACGUGGCUACAGCGUGUGGGUUCAUCGACGUUCUGGAGCAGAUGGUGUCUGUCUCGGGGAGUCCGAUCCAACGGCUAGGCACUUACAUGGCGGAAGGGCUUAGGGCGAGGCUUCAAGGCACCGGUGGCAAUAUCUACAGAGCGUUGAAAUGCAACGAACCGACGGGGAGGGAGCUCAUGUCUUACAUGGGAGUUCUCUACGAGAUCUGCCCUUACUGGAAGUUCGCGUACACGGCUGCGAACGCCGCCAUCUUGGAAGCUGUGGCUGGGGAGAAGAGAGUCCACAUCAUCGAUUUCCAGAUCGCUCAGGGGUCGCAGUACAUGUUUCUCAUCAACGAGCUCGCUAAACGCCCCGGUGGACCGCCUUUGCUACGUGUUACCGGUGUGGAUGAUUCGCAGUCAAGGUUUGCUCGUGGUGGAGGGCUUAACUUGGUAGGUGAGAAGCUCGCAAACAUGGCGCAGUCGUGCGGUGUACCGUUUCAGUUCCACGAUGCGAUCAUGGAAGGAUGCAAGGUGCAGAGGGAGCACCUCGGGGUGGAGCCUGGCUUUGCGGUCGUUGUGAACUUCCCUUACGUGCUGCACCACAUGCCUGACGAGAGCGUGAGCGUCGAGAAUCACAGAGACAGGCUGCUCCAUCUGAUCAAGAGCCUUGGACCGAGACUCGUGACGCUAGUGGAGCAAGAGUCCAACACCAACACUUCUCCCUUCCUCUCGAGGUUCGUGGAGACGCUGGAUUACUACACGGCGAUGUUCGAGUCGAUAGAUGCGGCGAGGCCGAGGGAUGAUAAGCAGAGGAUCAGCGCGGAGCAGCACUGUGUGGCGAGAGACAUAGUGAACAUGAUAGCGUGCGAGGAAGGGGAGAGAGUUGAGAGACACGAGGUGCUUGGGAAGUGGAGGGUGAGGAUGAUGAUGGCUGGGUUCAUGGGCUGGCCGGUCGUCUCAUCGGCAGCUUUUCCAGCGAGUGAGAUGCUUAAAGGUUAUGACGAAAACUAUAAGCUAGGAGAAAGUGAAGGAGCGCUGUAUCUCUUCUGGAAGAGGAGACCCAUGGCUACAUGUUCCGCCUGGAAACCAAACCCAAACCACUUUAUGUAAGGACAUGGUGGUUAACUGACAGUGAAUGAAGAACAAGAGCAAACAAAACACACAUCUGUCGCAUGUAAAGUUUUGAGGAUGUGCAAUGUUGUUUUUAAGUUGUAACAAAAACUAUAUAAGUCAACUAGUUAUAUAUAUUUGUAUACAAAGUAAACCUGGUGGUGGUUGUUUUUAUUUCUACAGUAAAUUAGCUUUUGUUGUGGGA